AUUCUAGUUACCAACCAUCGUACCAUCGAGCUGAUUGGCGACCGUGUGGUGCACCUGUAGAGUCGACGUCGACUGUGCGCGAUGUUCGGAUGUUGUUGCGCUCUUAUCAGUGAUUAAAUUGUGGCAAUCGAUCGCGUGAUGUCUUCCGAGGUGAAAAACCACCACCCCAAGGCGCGCCUCUGCCACAUCAAGAAGUGGGACCACUUCGACGGCUACGGCUUCAACCUGCACGCGGAAAAGGGCAAGCCCGGCCAGUACAUCGGCAAGGUGGACGACAACUCGCCCGCUGAAGCGGCCGGCUUGCGGCAAGGCGACCGCAUCCUGGAGGUCAACGGCGAGCCCAUCGCCAACAAGACGCACAAGCAGGUCGUCGAGCUGAUCAAGACGCUCGCCUCCGAGACCAAGCUGCUCGUGGUGGACCCGCACGACGACGGCAUCAUCCCCACGGAGCCGGACAAAGAGAAGCUCAACGACCAAGUCAGCAAGAAGGAGCACGAGAACGGGACGCUCAACCUGAGCAUGACGGCCGCCGAGCUGCGGGCCAAGCUCGCCUCCAAGAAGAAGUUCGACCCCAAGAAGGAGUCCAUGGACUUCAAGCAGAAGUUCGACAUCGUGCAGAAACUCUAGUGACGAGUGGACGGUUUGCAGCCAGUGCUAUUAGGGACACUGAGUGACCUUGGGAAAAUAACGCUCAAAAUUCUCCUAUUGAGUAUAUACAGGUGUUACAUAAAUAAUAAUAGUGACAUUAAAUGAUGCGGAACUGGACACGCAAUCAACGAAGCACCUCUCGGUUUUCCCCUUAUCUAUGCAUCGAUUCAGUUUGGAAACAACCAUUAUCGUGAUUCUAUUAUUAAUUUUAUCGGUUCGCAUGAAGUGACACCAAAUGCAUUAAUUCGUCUUUGACUGGAAACCCGUCAAUGCCAAAUAUGCUACGAUAACACAAAUUACGUUCCAACAAUUGAUUUCAGGAUAUAAUCAACUAAAACAAUACCCGUGAGAACAAUUAGUUUAGUUCAAUUUUAGGAAUAUCUUUUACUUUUAGUUACUAUGAGAUUACGACUUAUUAGUUAUGUUUUUACCCAGAAAUUUUGUAAAAUAUGUUAUAUAAUCUGUAUAAAAUAAACUUAUAUAAGACCAAA